CUUGUCUCCAACUUCGUGUGUGUCUUCAUACGUCUCUUCUGCCUCAUAAUCCUCAAUAGCAUUGUUGGAAUUCGAAUUCCCGUGGCGAGGUGCACUUGGGAGGUUCAAGGCGCGCAGUUUUGCAGGCGAAACCUUGAAUGUAACAAACGUCGACGCUGCGGUCUCGUCAAGUACCUCUGCCGUUGGUUUUGGUUUCUUUGACGACUGCUUCUUCAUUUUUGGGCCAGCCAUUAUUGUGUCUGCAGUGCUGCGCUUGGAAUGGGUAUCCGAUAAUUGUGUGGAUUUUCUCUACUUCCGCCUCUUAACAAUGCUCUGCCGAUCUCGCUCUCGAAGUGACCUGUGAGACUUUCCGUCGCGCCGUAAGGAAAAGACGUGUUUGUCGCAGAAAUCUUGAGCGAUGACUUCUUCAAACGAGCUUCACGCGGCCCUGUUGCGCCCAGCGGUGAUUCAGAUCUUGCGAGCUGCGGGAUUCGGGUAUGCGCGUCCAGCUGUGAUCGAUAGCCUGACCGAUCUAGCGGCGCGGUAUCUGGUUUUACUGGCUUCCUCUACGGCGCAGAAUGCGCUGAAUCUUCACAAUACGCCCGUUCCGACGAUUCAGGAUGUGAGACUCGCGCUGUGCCAGGCUGGCGCGCUGGUUCCGCAGAUGAGCACGGUGGAGGAAAGUCUGAGAGAUCCGGUCGAGGUCGACGGGGUGAUGGUGCCUUUUGAGGAUUUGCGCGGCGUUCAAGGCUUCGUGAACUGGGCGCAAGGACCUGUCAACAAGGAGAUUCGUCGCGUGGCAGGAUUCGGCGACGAUACAAAUCUCGAGGAGAUUGCUGCAGGACUAGACGAUCAGGAAGACUACUUGAGUGCGUUGAAGAAGAAACACAGCAAAACAGGCGAGGAAUCGCGCUAUCAAGGCACAGUUCUCGGAAAGGAUCCCGACGUUCAAUCAGUGACAAUAGUUGGCGGUCCAGCUGCAACAAUCGCAGAAUGGACGCAGAAUUCGUUGACUGCAUCUGCCGCAAACAACUCUUCCGCUCUGCGCGCAGGCACUUCUCCAGCAACAUCCGGCAUCAGCAGCGCCCCCUUGACUCCCAUCGAGUCUGAAUGAACUCGUCUACACUGUGACGCAGGCCUUAUUCACCCAUAGUCAAAAUUCUGGACGAGAAAUGUCCGCACAACACGAAAAAACACAGCAAGUCCCAAAAGACAAACAAAUGAGCUACAACCUCAAUCACACGCUCCAGAUAAACUAGAGACAUGGAUCUGUGAAGCGGAAAUGGAAGAUGGCUGGUCAGAGCAAGAUCUCGAAUUACUAUCCGUUUCCAUUGAAACAACCUGGGGAAUUCAUGGCCGGGACCACUCCAUACAUCCUGUGCAUAACGGGAUGUGCAGCGCUGUCGAGGUUGGAGGACUACUGCUUUAUGAUUGUUCCUGUUAAUGCAGAGCUAGAAAGAAGAAUCAAAGACAGAGGUGUCCGCAGAAGGACGGAAAUGCGCCGAGGGUUGCGACAGGAGGAGAUGCCUCAGCAGGGAAAUGAGUUCUCUUCAGCGAAAAUUAAUCGAUUCGAAGAACAGCAGAAUUUUACUCCAAACACUUCCUUCUCAUUACCCGGCUGCUAACUCCCUACAGGUUGCUGACUUUAGCCGACCGACGCAGCCUAAUAAUACACACGGAGCAUGACACUUUAAUAUAUGCGCAGUAGGUGGGCGCGUAGCUGUUGGUUGGGCUGUCAGCAAUCAACUGGAGGAGGAAGGAGGUAGAGCAAAGAAUAACACGACUUACCCAACUGAAUCCCAUAUUGUCAUCAGCGAGAUGCUCUACCGCCUCGUCGCCAAACUUCGUAAGACGUGCUUUUAGCAGUCUUCGAUCCGGCGCCUGGGGCUUGCCGAAACCAGAGUUGUCGCCUCUUGACGGUAAAACGAAAGAGGUCAUCAGGGUAGUGCCCCCGGUUGCGCUCGCAGUCCCAGCUGUGGGUGCUGUCGACAGCCACGGCGCUGCAGUGCUAGGGCAAAAAGCUACUGUUGAGUUCACCAUGCAAAUGGUAGAGGCGUUCAGGUUAGGCUCGGUAAAGCCGGACACACUGGAUAGAAUGGGAGAAAAAGCUGCGGUCGCGCUGGUAGCAUUCGCAGGCAGUGUGGCUGAGGGAGCUUCGGCCGUCGAAUUGCUGAACAUGGAGGUCGAUGUAUUGUUGACGGUCAGGCUCAAAGAGGGUGACUGGCCGCCUGUUGAAAAAGCAGUUGUGUUCUCGAAGGGAAUCGUAGUGACACUAGCACCAGUCGAUGGUUGGGAGCUGGCGCUUUGUGGGGCGGAGGAAGAGCUGUUAUCGAGGCCGGCAAAAGGUGUGUCAUUAGGGCUCCAGUCACUCCACGGUGGCCUGCUGUUGGAUGUCUCACCAGCGCAGGGAGGGCUUGAGGUGGCAUUGCCCCAGUAGGGUAGUGAUGUUGCAGCGGAUACUGCUGAGGUGUUGUUCUGCAAGGGAAGCGUUGAGUUCUGGGUUGACGCUGUAGGCGAUAUCAGGGGCGCUCCUGAAGCGGCUGUUGUUGUGGUAUUUGACGACAAGGUGCUUAGAGCUGAUGUGCUAUUCCCAAAAGCAAAAGAAGCAUUGGCUGACCCUGUUGCUGAUGUUGUGAUUGAAGUUGACGCGGGUGCAACUGCAGAUGAGUUCGUCGAGGUUGAAGACAGGCUUGAUGGCGGCGAAGUCUGUGAUCCGAGUAUAUCAGUUGAAUUGCUUGCUACAACAAUUGUC